UCGCUGAUCAGAAUCAGAUUACAGAGAGCCACCCCCACCAUUACAUCAGCACCACCAACGGUAGCUUUUGUUUUGUCCUAAGCUUUUCAUUAAAUUCGCCAGACACUUGCAGAGAAGAAGAUUGGUUACAGGUCCUGUUUCUUGAUUGCAGUUAUUGGAAUCUUUCUUUAUAAUUAGAGAGAACCGAGAAAAUGAAAUCAUAUCUCUCGAAAGAGUAGUUUCAGAGAGGGGGGUUGGUAAGUAAAUGGGAAGAAGCAGUGGUGGAAAGAAAUAGAAAAGAUGGAGUUUUGGCCGGAGUUUUUAGCAAGUAGCUGGGGGAAAGAAUUUGUUGCAGGUGGGUUUGGAGGUAUGGCAGGAGUUGUAUCUGGUUAUCCUUUAGACACUCUUAAGAUUCGUCUUCAACAACCUUCUGUCAGUAAUACAGCAACUAAGUCUGCUUUUGGAGUAUUGAGAAAUAUUGUUUCUUCUGAAGGUCCUUGUGCUCUUUAUAAAGGCAUGGCUGCUCCUUUGGCUUCUGUUUCUUUCCAGAACGCAAUGGUCUUUCAAGCUUAUGCCAUCCUGUCACAAGCUUUCAACAAAUCACCCAACAACAAUGAUCCCCCUUCCUAUAGAAGUGUUGCAAUAGGAGGUUUCGGAACAGGUGCCCUACAGAGCUUCUUGCUCAGCCCAGUCGAACUUGUAAAAAUUCGCCUCCAAUUACAAACAAACAAACCCAAAACAAAUAUCAAAGAGAGUCAAGAAGGACCAAGAAGCAUCAUUAAAAGCAUCCUAAAGAAGGAAGGACUGAAGGGACUAUACCGAGGCCUAACUGUUACAGUGCUAAGAGAUGCACCUGGUCAUGGUGUAUACUUUUGGAGCUAUGAAUACGCCAGAGAGAAGCUACACCCAGGUUGCCGCAAAACAGGGAAAGAAACACUAAAAACAAUGUUAGUUGCAGGAGGUCUGGCAGGAGUAGUUAGCUGGAUUGCGUGCUAUCCCUUGGACGUUGUGAAAUCUAGACUCCAAGCACAAACACAGACUAGGUUAGAUCAAUUCCCACCUAAAUAUCUAGGUAUUGUUGAUUGUUUCCGCAAAAGUGUACAAGAAGAAGGUUACAGCGUCCUGUGGAGAGGACUAGGUGCUGCAAUUGCUAGGGCUUUUGUGGUUAAUGGUGCCAUCUUCACUGCCUACGAGGUUAGCCUGCGAAUAUUUUUCAGUAACAACCAAGCGGAGGGAGAACGGAUUAUAGAGUAAAAUGAUGUUCUACCUCGGGAGAGUUACGAAGCAGAAUUCUGCAAGACAGUUCUGCCCUGCUCAUUUGAAAAUCAACCAUUAAGCCCCAAUCAUAUUGGGGAACACACUAUAGAUGAAGGUUAGUGUUGCUGUCACCACUAUUGGAAUUUAAAGAAUUUUACACCCAUGUAAAACAUCCAUGUUAACACAAUUCUUGCAACAUCACAUUAUGUGCGAUCGAAUGCAAUUUAAUAUCAAAAUGAAAUAAAUUGAUGUUCUAAUCAUAUUUGUUGUAGAUUCAAAGAAAUGCUCAACUGCAUCCAUCUAUGAAUCAACCUUUCAUUAGGAUGCCUGGUAAUAACAAUAACUAGAUGUUCAUGCCUA